AUGGCUGCUGAGGCCAUGGUGGUGAUGAGUAGUAGUGACGAAAAUCAGAAUCAAAAUCAAGUUGCCAUCAACAUGUGCUCGACGCCGGCGGAUGACCGGAGCCUCCCCGGCGUUGGCGGCGGCGCCACCCCCAGAUCGCCGGGGGUCUCCAAGGCGGUGGUGCCGAUCGAGUCGCCGGAGAAGACGACCGGCAAAUCGCAGCCUGACGAUCAUGAUCAGCAGCAAGAGCGUGCCAAAGAAGUGCCACUCGUCAAGAAGGUGGCGGCGGAGUUCAUCGGCACGUUCAUCCUGAUCUUCGCGGUGCUGUCCACCGUCGUGAUGGACGCGCAACACGGCGGCGCGGAGACCCUCCUCGGCGUGGCUGCGUCGGCCGGGCUGGCCGUCGUCGCCGUCGUGCUCUCCGUGGUGCACAUCUCCGGGUCGCACCUAAACCCGGCGGUGAGCAUCGCCAUGGCCGCGUUCGGCCACCUCCCGCCGGCGCACGUCCUCCCCUACGCGGCGGCGCAGACGCUGGCGUCCCUCGCCGCCGCGUUCCUCGCCAAGGGCGUGUACCGCCCGGCGCGCCCGGCCGUCAUGGCGACGGUGCCGAGCGUCGGCGCCGGCGAGGCGUUCGUCCUCGAGGUGGCGCUCACCUUCGUGCUCGUGUUCGUCAUCACCGCCGUCGCCACCGACCCGAGCUCGAGCAAGGAGCUGGUCGCCAUGGCGAUUGCUGCAGCGAUCAUGAUGAACGCUCUCGUCGGAGGGCCGUCGACGGGGCCGUCGAUGAACCCGGCGAGGACGAUCGGCGCGGCGGUGGCGACGGGGGAGUACAGCCGCAUGUGGGUCUACCUCGUCGCGCCGCCUGUCGGCGCCGUCGCCGGAGCAGGCACUUACACUCUCAUCAAGCCCUGACCUCAUCUUGAUAAUUUCUUUCCGUUUGU